AGUCAUGGCGGAACCUUGGUACGGGCAGUCCUUGCAGGCUCUGCCGGCCACGGUUCUAGGCGCGCUGAGCGCCGUGGGCAACGAGUUCUUGCGGGAGUGGGAGGCGCAGGAUAUGCGCGUGACCCUCUUCAAGCUGCUACUGCUGUGGUUGGUGUUAAGUCUCCUGGGCAUCCAGCUGGCGUGGGGGUUCUACGGGAACACGGUGACCGGGUUGUAUCACCGCCCAGGUCUGGGCGGGCAGAACGGAUCCACACCUGAUGGCGCCACGCAUUUCCCUUCCUGGGAAAUGGCAACAAACAAACCUCUCAAAACACACAGAGAAUAAGGGAAGGCAGCAGAGGGGUCUCCAGGGGCAUCACUGGGUCUGCUGGCUCCUAUACUGGGUUCUGCUGCUGCCCAGACUCCAGGGACUACUACAGAGGACUCAGGGUUGGGGUCAGGGAGUACCCCAGUGCUUGAAGGGCUGGGCCUCCACUGCCAUCCAAUAGCCCCAGGCACUGGACGAGUGAAGAGUUUGCCUCUACCUUUUCCUGGGUGCCUUAAGGCAAGAAGGCAUGUUCCUCAGGGGUCAGAGCUCAGGAGAAGCUUCUGGGUUAGGGAGGCCAAUAGUCCCUCUUCUGUCUUGGCUUUUUCUUGUUCUUAUUCCCAUCUCCCUGGGAUAUGACCUCUUAGAGAUUUGUCCCUCUGAGAGGAAACCAGAGGUUGACCAGCUCUAGGAUUGGUAAGAAAGUCUGUUCUCCCUUAAACUCUGAGUUUCCUGAAUUUCUUUGAUUUUGUUUUGUUGGUCUACACCAGGCCUUAUACUCUGUGGUUACUUAGCUGGCCAUUCAGGUAUAAGGCAGGGUUUCCCUGCUGGCACCAUCCAGAUGGAGCCACCAAACACCCAUUUCCCUGGCCCAACCAGAGCUCUCCAGGUGUGAGCUAGUCAAAGGAAAUUAUCAUUUCCCAACUGUCCUACUCAUAUUCCUCUCAGUCCUUCUUGGGGGAAAGCUUGGUGCCUGAAAGAGGCAGAGCCUACCAGCUGAGUCCCUGGGGUGGCUUCCCACACCCACUGCUUAAGUGCCCAUGUGGCCUUGGGACUGUACCCUGCCCCCUCAUCAGGAGGUACUAAACAGUUAAUAAAGAACAGCCCUGCAGUUUCAUCAUUUCCCAUCUUGACCUGGAACAAAUAGAGGCCCCAUCAGAAGAUCCCAUAGGCUCAGCUCUUCCCCAUUAGCACCACCUCAGCCUCCAGGAACCCUCGACAGGAAAGAGUCACAGGCCAGACAGCUCUGCCACCUUCAUAAAGGGCCAGAGGAGCUUCCGAAGGUGUGGGUGGCAAAUGCCCCCACGGAAAUGCCGGUUUCUGAAAGCACUGUGGCUCUGGACUUGCCUCCUUCCCUGGCCACACUUCUGCCUGUCUCUGUAAGGCCACCAGCUACCUCAUUGUCCUGCUGCCUGCUUCCUCUCUGUUAGAUGUCACAGUCCCAUCUGGCAGCCAUUGCCUAUGCCGUCUUUGUGGCAGAGGUGCUCUAGAAGUGGGGCUGUACUGAGCUUAUGCACAUGUACUCAAUCCAGAGUUGUCUCCUGGCCGGCAAAAUAAUGGUCUUUGCAGCCUCAGGCCCACCCAUUGACACCGCCACACACAGAAUCACCACACACUGGGUCUCAUGUUUCACCCCAGGCUCAUCUGAAGAUGUAGCUUAUUAAACAUGGAAUGUA